UUGGCGUUUUCGGCGCCGGUACCGGAGGCGAGGUCUCUUGACGGCGACGCCAGUUCCGGUGCACAUCGACCCGCAGCUGGACGGUUUGAACCGGAGCCACAUGUUGCGACUGAGCUCGGCCAUCUCUCGUCUCUUUCCUUUGCGUCGCUCGAGUCCGUUUGCGUCGCUCGAGCCGCGAGCCCGAAGAUGAAUUUGGACCAGAAACUGAUCGCGCCCGACUCCUGCCUGAUCAAGUACCGCGCGCCGAUUCGCAUUUCCGACAAGAGCGCCGGACCCGCGCCGGCUACGGCCACAGCCUCGCCGACGGCGGCGACGGCGUCGACGUCGUCAUCGUUUCUCGCCUCGCCCUCCGACGAGCCUCGACAGACCGGGCCCGACAAGCGCCAGGCAUGGCAGACGAAGCGAUCAGCCUCGCUCUCGGACGCCCAGCGCCAGGCCAAGGAGCAAGUGUUGCCGUUGGCGGCCAAAGCGGCGCUGUUGGAUGGCGCCGCCAGCGUGAGGACCCUCGAGUCGACGGAGAACAUUCUGCAGAGCAUUCUGCCUCCGAAGCGAUUCUUCGUCGACGCGAUGCUCUACAUUCAAGAGGUCUCCUCCUGUCCCGCCUCGAGGAUCGACGUCGUCCAACUGACGCGCCAGUUGGAUCAUCAGUUGGAGUCCCGCGGCGCCAAGAUGACCGGCAUUUGCCCAAUCAGAAGAGAGCUCUUCACUCAGGUGAGCUGA